ACUCUAUGAAGUGAAGAGCGCCAUCUAGGACCUGAGGAUAAAGAGUUGACCUAGAAUAUGCAUACCUAAAUCAUCAUCACGUUACUUUCAGAUCAGUGCACUUCUCUGUGAUUCAAGCUAGAAAGGGAGCUGAAGGAAGAUAAUUUUUACCUCUCAAGAUGAUGUCUGACAAUGUAUAGGCAUCAUGAACACCAGAAUACUGGGCAAGAACAAUAUACCACUUCUAUAAACACUUCAUCGGAAAGAUGCAUCCCUAUUAAACGCAGGUUGCUCGACAAAUUUUACUCAUCUAUUCAAACUGCAAGUACUCAACCAAAUGAAAGAAACCUUGUGGCACAUGCAGACCUAUCAAGGCACAGUGUUGACCAAGUAGGGCAGUCAGAGGCACUAGACUUGAGAAAAGCCAAGAAAUCAAGGAUUUGCACUUCACCUGAUUUCAAGCAGGAGAGUGCAGCUUUGCCGGGUAAAACAAGACCUCAGCUGCAGAGUAAGAAGCCAGUCCUUGAGCAGUGCCUGAGAGGCGUAGAUUAUCACAUUGCAAGACCAGCAUUGCAGAAGGUCCUCCAGUAUCAUGAUCACUACAAACUAUCCAUUGGGGAGAGAACCAAGCUAGAUAAGAUGCUUGAUGAUGAGCUGUUAGCAAAGUAUUUUGAAUCGGAGCGUACAUAUUCACCUGGUCGUGCAGAGUCUCCUGGCAGGAGACCACAAGGAAGUAUGUUAUCAACUUUAUCUUAUGACCGUGAGCCACAUUGGGAUGGGCAUAAUAGUUUGGGUUUGAGGGUGUCAAACAAAUCUUCAAGGACCAAUGCCUUUGGUCAUUCCUGUGGCACCACCCUCACCAGGCAACAUCAACCACGAGAAGUGCCAAAUGAAGUCAGUUCCAUCAUGUUGAAAGAUCUUGCAGGAAUGGGGAAUGGUCUUUCCACCAUAUCAGUCACUGAUCUCUGGGCACCAGCUGUGACUUCUGAGAGUUGCACCUCUGAAAAUCACAUUUCCUCACUUGCCACAAGUCAGUCUGAUGAAUUGCAGCAGCUCAGAAUCAAUGGCAUUGCAACCAACGAGUUUCUACCAAGGACUGCAUUGAAACAACCCAAGAGGGAGCGCGAUCUUGCCGUGCAGUUUUGCCAGAGAACACAAAGUCAUUGCAGCGUUUCAUCUGAAGAGUUACGCAUGGUAGAGGUAGAAAAGAGGAGAAAUGAAAUUACAAAUAUCGUUGUGAAAAGUGAAGCCGAUACUUGCAGUGUGAUCGGAAAUGAGCAGACAAUGACACCAGCAACAAAGAAUGAAAUAGACCAGGAAGCGACUGCCAUCGUGAAGACCCCAGCAGACGGAAAGUGCCCAAUCUGUUCAGACGUUGUGUCUGGAUACCAUUAUGGCACACGUUCCUGUGAGAGCUGCAAAGGAUUUUUCAAGAGAACUAUCCAAAACAAAAGGAACGAGCGACUAGCUUGUGCCGUAGCUGGAAACUGUGUGAUAAAUUUGCAGAACCGAAAACACUGUGCCUAUUGUCGCUACAAAAAAUGUCUGGAAGCUGGAAUGAAGAAUGAAGGUGAGUGUAUAUUUUACAUGUAUGUUCUUUUUUCCUUUGAUCGUCUAUCCAAACAGUUGGGGCCAUCCCAGUGA